UGAUUGGUUAAUUGUGAGGUGCGUCAGCCAAGGCGAAGCGAAGUGGCCUUUGAAACAGAGGCAUUGGGAGUGGCUGUGGUUCGAGUUGCCGUGCGCGAGGAGUAGGUGCUGGUAAGAGCAGCUGCCCUCUGUGUUUUGUGCCCAGGAACAAGAUGACUGUCCUUCCUGCUCUGGCUUUAAUGUUCCUUCUGCUGGGAUUGGGUGAAGGGCUGGAGUCCGGAGAGCUGCGUCUGUCCAGCGGCCGACUGCCCAGCGAGGGCCGAGUGGAGGUUUACUACGAUGGAGAGUGGGGCACCGUGUGUGAUGAUGGUUGGGACCUCACUGAUGCUCACGUUGUCUGCCGCAGCCUCGGCUACCUCAAUGCCACGGAGGCUGUUGCCGGAGGCUUCUUCGGAUCAGGGUCAGGCCCAAUCCUGCUGGAUGAUGUGUCCUGUACUGGAACCGAGACGUCUCUUGCUGACUGCAAGACCAAAGGCUGGAAGAUCCACGACUGCCAACACUCAGAGGAUGCUGGCGUUCGAUGUGACCCCCGGCGGCUGGACCAGCUGUUUGGCUACAGACUAGACCUCACUUCAGAGUUCUACAAAUCUUUAGAAGAAUUAUACGAGAGUCACAGGGACUGUGACAUGAACAUCACAGUGAGCAGCCUGGAGGACGGCCGUGAAGAGGCGCGCUUCUGUGUUCACAGACUAAUCCUGUCACUGCACACAGAUGGAAAUCUGCUCAGCCAGAGUCAAGGCAGCUGCUUCAAUUUGUUGGUGUCUCAGGACUGUGUGCAGUAUGUCGAUGACAUCAUCAGGUAUUUUUACACAAAGACCAUCUCUGUCACUCUGUCUUCAGUGAAGUGCAUCCACAACAUAGCAUCGGACUACAGGAUCACUGCAGUACGUGAUUACUGUGAUCAGCUCUUCUACAAACUCAUGCCCCAGGACAGUUCAUUUCAGCAGCAGCUGGAGCUUUACAAGUAUGCAGGAAGAGUGAAGGACCCUGUGCUGCAGGAGAUCUGCCUGCAGUACUUCUCCUGGAACUGUGAGACCUUCAGCCAGACAGUGGCAUGGGAUGAGCUGUCAGUCACAGACUUGGCUGCCCUGCUCCAGCGUUCAGAUCUGGUCAUUGAGAGUGAAUUCACGCUGUUCCAGGCAGUGGAGUCCUGGAUCUCCCGCAGUGGGCAGACUGAUGCCGUUGGCCUGUUGAUGAAGGGGAUCCGCUUCCCAAUGAUGUCUCCCGAGGAGCUCAUCUCCUUGCCUUUCAACUCCAGCCUGUACCAGCAGUUUGAGAGCGUGUUCACACAGGGGGUGCUGGAAGCUUUUGAGUUCCAUUCGGUCCGUGCACAGGUGCUGAAAUACUUCAAGGAUUUGAACACCCCUGACUUCCAGCCACGCAUCUACACCUCCAAACAAUGGAGCAGGACCCUGGCCAUCCCCGGCCUCAGGGACUCUGCCUACCAGCGCACUGGUCUGUACGGACCCACGCCCUCAUACUACAACAGGCAACAGAGGUAUUAUGGCCGCUACAACUCCUACUACUACUCCUCCCCACGCGUCUCCUUUCGGACCAAGCAACACAUGAGCCAGCUGUUCAGCUCCAGCACGCUCCAAUGGACCGCCUACUACCACAGCACAGCACAGCAUUGCCGCAACAGCUACGUGUCAUGUCCGUACGAUACCUACCCCGUGGCAGUGCUGACCACGUACAACACCCCGGAAACCGUCACCUACCGCAACUCUCUGCUACUGCUCUGCAACAAUAGCACCGUCUCCUAUGUGCAGGAGAUGAAGAACUCAACAGCUGUGUUGCCCUCCCACAACAACACUGACUUUUCUCUCUUUGCCUGUGAUGAUGGCAUUUCCACCCUCCAGUUUGUCGUCCGGCCCUUUUAUGUUUGACCCAUUCAGAAUUUGACCAACUGCUCAGUAGCAACAAUGUAAACCCACAUGUUUCCCCAGUCCUUCUGUCUCUGUGUCCAUUCCCAGUCCCUUGCCCUCUCUCUCCCCACCCCCAGUCCCUCCGGCUCUGUGUCCAU